AUGGGAGUGUUGUUUAACUCCCACACAAACCAGCUACUCCUGCUGGUAGCGGUCCUGGCAGCACUCACAUUCGUCACCUCCAGGAUCCGUCGUUAUUUUAUCCGCCGCGACUUCGCACGCCGCCAUGGCUGCCAGGAACCGCCCAGUGUCAACAAGGACCCUUUCCUGGCACUUGAUCAAGUCUGGGCCUCCGUUCGCUAUUUCCGAAAGCACAUUUCCCUGGAAAAAAACACCGAGCGUUAUCAUCUCUAUGGGGAUACUUACGCUUGGAAACUACUGCUGGGGCGCUACAGAGUCUUCACUAUGGAGCCGGAGAAUGUAAAAUCAGUCCUAUCGACGAGUUUUAAGGACUGGGGUCUGGGUCACCGUCUCCCACAUUUCGAACCGCUUCUGGGUAAAGGUAUCUUCGACACAGAUGGUGAACAUUGGGCCGCGUCCCGUGCCCUCAUCCGGCCCAGCUUCACCCGCGACCAGGUUGCGGAUCUGGCAAUGUUUGAAGAGUUGAUCCCUGAUCUCUUUGCACAAAUUCCUCGUGAUGGAGUGACAGUCGUGGAUCUGCAGGAUCUCUUUUUCCGCUACACCAUUGACUCGGCUACCGCAUUCCUGUUCGGUCAGUCGGUCGGCAGCCUGCAGAUGGUCCAGUCCGAGCUUGGCUUUGCUCAGGCCUUCAACUAUGCCCAGGAAGCCAUAACAUUGCGUUUCGUUCUGGGCCCGCUAGGUAAAAUCUUUCCUCACAAGAAGGCCGAUAAAUGUUAUCGUCUAUGCCGGGACUUCGCCGAGCGAUUUGUCGAUGAGGCAGUCCAAGCGGCACAGUCCAAGGAAGCAGACCAAGAGACUAAACAUCAGAAGUAUAUCUUUUCUCAUGAACUGGCACGGCGCACCUCUGAUAAACAUCGCAUAUUGGACGAGCUCAUGAACGUUCUGCUCGCCGGCCGCGACACCACGGCCGGCCUUUUGAGCAACAUGUUUUUCGUGUUGGCGAAGCGCCCAGAGAUCUGGGACAAACUGCGCCAGGAAGUAGCUACCUUGGAGGGCCGAUUGCCCUCGUAUGAGGAGCUUCGGAACCUCAAGUACCUCCGAUGCUGUAUGAAUGAAUCUUUACGGUUGCAUCCAGUCGUCCCAAUGAACGGGCGCAUCGCACUGAGAGAUACGGUGCUGCCGAGGGGAGGAGGUAAGGAUGGUCGCUCUCCGGUCUUCAUCCCCGAAGGGUCUACAAUUGAGUACAAUGUAUAUGCGAUGCAUCGGCGAAAGGAUAUCUUUGGGCCCGAUGCAGAUGAAUUCCGCCCAGAGCGCUGGGAGAACGGGCAAUUGCAGCCUCGUUGGGAGUAUCUUCCCUUCAACGGGGGCCCCCGCAUCUGUCUCGGUCAGCAAUAUGCGCUGACUGAAGCCGGAUAUGUCACUGUCCGCUUGGCCCAAGAAUUCAGGACCUUACAGAGCCAGGAUCCAGGACCGUGGGAGGAGGCAUUGACCCUGACUCUGUGCUCCCGGAAUGGCACGAAGGUGUCUGUUACUCCGGCUUGA